UAAGGUCUCAACCCGGAGGGCUCUCUCGGCCUCAGGUAGAUGCUGCAGGGGCUCCAAAAGACAAGGCGAUAGUUUCCGCACACAUCAGUUCAGAGCGCCGGCCUCUGCUUGCUUCGUCGAGCAAGCGGUUCAUCCUAGCUAAGCCUUGAGAUCUUGUUCCGGGUUCAAGAAGUGGUGGGAGAUAGCUGUAUAGGAGGCGGCGGCGGCGGCAUUUCAGCGGAGCAAGGGUAAUCAGGAUUGCAACAUCAUACAACCUCAAUUGUGAUCAAUUUGGUCCGAGAAAGACUUCCUGCAAAGAAAUACUAAAGAUUGUGGAUGCAAGUGCAUCAAUAUGACAAAGAAAGACAAAAUUAGGAAGUCCAAGCAUCUUCUGGAGAGCAAAAAGGAUGUUGAUGAGAAUGUGGAGAGCAUUUUGCGGAUGAUAGGAGAGGAGAACGAGCGGACUGAGAAUGAACAAGAGGAUUCUGGAAAUCCUGUCAAGAAAUCAAAGCUGUCUUCCCUCGUGAAGGGCUUCCAUGAGGACUAUCAAUAUCUUCACAAGCACUACAAACACCUAAUUAGCAAACUAGAAAAUGUUGGCCACAGUUCCUCUGAUUCAGAUUCAUCUGACUCAGACAUGGAAGGAGACAGAUCAGACGGUGAUGUCAUUACACCAAAAAUAGCACCGAAUGAAGAAAAUAGCCUGAGCCAUAGUGCUGAGGAUCAUGGCGUGGAGGCAGAGAUUGAGAAGCUGAAACAAACUACAGAAGAACAAGCCAAGGAAAUAUCCGAUCUGAAGCAGCUACUAGAUAAAGCAAUCAAGGAUAAAGAAGCUACAAGAGUAGAGCUAAGUUCAGAGGUUGCAAACUUGUCAUCUGAGAAUGAAAAUCUGAAAUCAUCAGUUGAAAUUGCAAAGAGGGAGGAAGGAGAAUUGCUUAACACCGUAAAAUCCAAGGAGAGUGAGGUGACAACAUUGUCAAGUGAGAAGCAAAUUAUUGAAAAAGAGAGAGAUAACCUGAAGAUGUUAAUUGUAGACAUGGAGAAGGAGAAGGAAGAUCUGAGGAAUCAGCUGAAAGAUACAGAGGACAGAUGCAGCCUCCUGUCAUCAGAAGUUGAGAAGGCCCAACACGCUGAGAAAGAAGUGCAGACCUUGUUGGAAGAAAACCAGAAGCUGAAGAAUGAUAACUUGAUUCUUUUGAAUGUGCAUGAUAACCUGAAAGUACUUCAUCAGAAUUUAGAUAUUGAGUGCUCUCAAUUGAAGGCAGCCAAUGCAGAAACCAGUGCUAAAAAUGAAUCCUUGAUCACAGAAAAUCAUUCAGCUGAAAGGCAACUCCAGCAACUGGGGGUGGAGAUAGAUGGCCUGAAAGUGGAGGCCGCAGAGCUAAUGAACAAUCUGGACAAGGAACGUAGUAUUGCAGCAGAAGAAAAAGAAAGACUACUAUCAGAAAACUCCAUGCACUUGAAUGAGUUAGAGAAAGCACAGUCUAGUGUUAAGGAUCUAGAAAAGGAACUGGAAUCAACAAAAAAUGUUCUGAAUAGUAAUAUUGCCGAGCUACAUAAGGAGAAGAAUUCAGCCACGUUCGAGAUAGAGCAGCUAGAGGCUUCUUUGAUGAAUCUUAAGACUGAGCUAGCACAACAACUUGAGAGGAUUUCAGAUAUGCAGAAGAGUAAUGAAGUCCUGGAGCUGGCAAAUUCUAACUUGCAUAAUGAAAUUGUAGAAGUACAAGGACAAAAAAAUGAAGCUGUUGCUUCUGUUAUUAAUCUUGAGAGCAAGAUAGAACAGCAAGUCCAAGAGGUUUCAAAUCUUCAGGAGGCCAACAAAGACCUCAAAGAAGCAAAGACUGAUCUGUAUAAUGAGGUUACAACACUGCAAGAGGAGAAAAAUACAGCACUCGCUCAGCUACAACAAUCAGAGGCUAACAUCAAGAAUCUUCAAAGUGACCUGGAACAACAACAAAACCAAAUUCUAUUUUUCCAGCGCGAAAAUGAGGAAUUGCAGAAUAAAAAUUCUAUCUUGCACAAGCAACUAGAAGAGAUUAGGACUACUCUUCAAGAUGAGAUCAUUGUGCUACAAGGAGAGAAGGAAGAGGCCAUUAGUAGCCUACAACAAUCAAAUGAUUCAGUCAAGACCCUAGGAGCUCAGUUAAAGCAGCGUGUGGAAGAAAUUUCUGUUCUGCAGUUUGCUAAUGGGGACCUGCAAAAUAGUAACUCCAACCUGAAGAUGCAAUUGGAAGAGGCGAAAUUUAGUCACCAUGCUGAAAUUUUAGAACUACAAGAUGAAAAGAACAAAAUAAUUUCAGAUCUGCAACAGUCCGAGGCUUCUAUCAAGAAUCUUAGAAUUGAAUUAGAGCAAGGAAAAGAGCAAAUCUCAGUCAUGAAUCUAGCUGAUGAAGAUUUGAAGAACAACAUUGCUAUACUGGACAAGCAAUUGCAGGAGGCCCGGAGCAGUUUGCAUGCUGAAAUUGCACAACUCCUUGCAGAGAAGGACACAGUUUUAUCAGAGUUACAGAUGUCUCAGGCUUCUGUCAGAAACUUGGAGGGUGUGCUAGAAAAGCAAAGUGAGAAGAUUUCAACUCUGGAUCAAGCUAAUGAUCAGUUACAGAAGAACAUAUGUACCUUGACCGAGCAAUCAGAACAAACCAAGGCUGAGCUGCAGAAGGAGGUUGAGGCAACACGAGAAGAGAAGGAUACAGCACUAACACAACUAAAGCAGUCAGAGACUUCAGUACAAAAUCUUGAGAAUGAGGUGACACGACUGAAAGAGGAACUUUCAGUUCAGCUGGAAAACAAUUCCACCUUGGACAAGCAGUUGGAAGAAGUCAGGAGCAGUAUGCAUGCUGAAAUUGCAGAACUACGUGCAGAGAAGGACGCAUCUCUAUCGGAGUUACAGACAUCUCAGGCUUCUGUCAUGAACCUCGAGAUUGCACUUCAAACGCAAAAUGAGAACAUUUCAACUCUACAGCAAGCUAACGAUGAGUUGCAGAAGAACAUUUGUACUUUGUCCGAGCAAUUAGAACAAACCAAGGCUGAGCUGCAGCAGGAGGUCAAGGCUACACAAGAAGAGAAGGAUGCAGUGCUAACACAGCUGAAGCAAUCAGAGGAUUCAGUACAAAAUCUUGCGAAAGAGGUGGCACAGCUGAAAGAUGAACUUUCAGUUCAGCUGGAAAACUAUUCCACCUUGGACAAGCAAUUCGAAGAAGUCAGGAGCAGUAUGCAUGCUGAAAUUGCAGAACUACAUGCAGAGAAGGACGCAUCUCUAUUGGAGUUACAGACAUCUCAGGCUUCUGUCAGGAACCUUGAGGUUGCGCUUCAAACGCAAAAUGAGAACAUUUCAACUCUACAGCAAGCUAAUGAUGAGUUGCAGAAGAACAUUCGUACUUUGUCCGAGCAAACAGAACUAGCCAAGGCUGAGCUGCAGCAGGAGGUCAAGGCUACACAAGAAGAGAAGGAUGCAGUACUGACACAGCUGAAGCAAUCAGAGGAUUCAGUACAAAAUCUUGCGAAAGCGGUGGCACGGCUGAAAGAUGAACUUUCAGUUCAGCUGGAAAACUACUCCACCUUGGACAAGCAGUUGGAAGAAGUCAGGAGCAGUAUGCAUGCUGAAAUUGCAGAACUACGUGCAGAGAAGGACACAUCUCUAUUGGAGUUGCAGAUAUCUCAGGCUUCUGUCAGGAACCUUGAGAUUGCGCUUCAAACGCAAAAUGAGAACAUUUCAACUCUACAGCAAGCUAAUGAUGAGUUGCAGAAGAACAUUUGUACUUUUUCCGAGCAAACAGAACAAGCCAAGGCUAAGCUGCAGCAGGAGGUCAAAGCUACACAAGAAGAGAAGGAUGCAGUGCUGACACAGCUGAAGCAAUCAGAGGAUUCAGUACAAAGUCUUGCGAAAGAGGUGGCACGACUGAAAGAUGAACUUUCAGUUCAGCUGGAAAACUAUUCCACCUUGGACAAACAGUUGGAAGAAGUCAGGAGCAGUAUGCAUGCUGAAAUUGCAGAACUACGUGCAGAGAAGGACGCAUCUCUAUUGGAGUUACAGACAUCUCAGGCUUCUGUCAGGAACCUUGAGAUUGCGCUUCAAACGCAAAAUGAGAACAUUUCAACUCUACAGCAAGCUAAUGAUGAGUUGCAGAAGAACAUUUGUACUUUGUCCGAGAAAACAGAACAAGCCAAGGCUGAGCUGCAGGAGGAGGUUAAGGCUACACAAGAAGAGAAGGAUGUAGUGCUAAUCCAGCUGAAGCAAUCAGAGGAUUCAGUACAAAAUCUUGCGAAAGAGGUGGCAUGGCUGAAAGAUGAACUUUCAGUUCAGCUGGAAAACAAUUCCACCUUGGACAAACAGUUGGAAGAAGCAAUACUAAAUGUUUCUAAGCUACAUGAGAAUCUCGAGAAGGUUCAGGCUGAAGCAGCUUGUCAAAUUGAUGACAUGAGUACAAAAACAAAAUAUCUGGAGAAGACAAUCAAUCUAUUGUCUUCUGAAAAGACCAAGUUGGAGGAGGAUCUGAAAAUUAUGGUUGAAGCAUGCACAGUAAACAUGUCAUUUAUGACAGAAUUUGAAGAUAGAGUUGCACAAAAAAUUUCAGAUCAUAAGGCAGGACUUGCAGUUCUCCACCAGAGCCUGAGAGGGGCCGUUAGCGGGUGUCAGAGGCUUCAGUAUGCAUAUCAUGAGGUGUCCUCGAGGGUGUCCCAGCUCGAGAUACUUAAGAGGAGUCAGAUUGAGCAGAUAGAUCAGCUACAGGAGAAACACACAGAAACUUUGGACAAACAUCGACUUCUGGAAGAGGAAAAACUAUCUGCAAAUAAGGAGAACACAAAGCUACAAAAGCAUGUCCACGACCUUGAAGUUCAGCUCCAGCUAGCCAAGCAGAAGCUUAAAGUUACCGAGGCAGAAAGUAAAUGCAAAGAAGACAGCUACGCAACGGCAGUGGAGACAUCACAGGCAGAAAUCCGUCGUCUUGAACAACUAGUACAACAGUUUUCUGAAAAAGUCAGCUUGCUGGAAGAAGCUUUCGUGCAAGUAAAAGGAAAUGCGGAGUCAGGGGUUUCCGAAUUGGCUAGCAAAUUGGACGAGAUAGAAUCACUCUUCAGUCAGAGUUUUGCGCUCUUUGUUGACCGUUCUUCUGCAUGUGGCGAAGAGCUUAAGAUCCUGAGGAAGAAGCUGCAUGAUCAUCUUGAUGAACAGAAAGAACUUGUCAAGGAGAAUGAUGAAAUUGCUGCUAGGUUGAGAGAGAAAGAAAAGUUGGUGUCAGAAAUGUCGAAGAAUGCAGCAGAAGCAGAAGCGAAGAUGGUCCUGCUCGAGAAGGCGGUGGCAGAGAAAGAAGAAGAGCUAGCAGCUAGAGUGCAGGAGAAGAGAGAAGCCAUCAAGCAGCUCAGCGAUACGAUUGUUUACCACAAGAACUACAGCGACGAUCUGGUGCGCUACAUCCGCAGUCACAAUCGCCCUCGCCUCCCAUUCUGCAUGUAAAUCUGAAUGUCAGUAAACGAUGUAAAGGUUCCAUUGCAGCUGCGAAUUAUGGCAGAAAGGAUAACAUUGCCAUUUUUCUUAUGUAUCAUAUUUAGGGCUGAAAAACUUUCUGGAAGUAGCCAUACUGAGUGGCUUGUGCAUUCUAUUAGCAGAGGGGACUGCUGCAGUAAUUAUUUUUAUUCAUUCCACCUUAUCUUGUUA